GCAAAAUGUCACUCCACAACCUCGUCAAGGGGGUCAGGGGCACGGCCAUGGGUACCCCCCUAAACACAUGGUCUACUUAGAGCCUUGUCAACUGUGCCGGUGGAGGCGUAGACUGGUCCCAUCAACGACUCUUGUGCCUCGAGGAUCCACUGAAACAUGAACAAGUAGAAAAGGUCUCGUCUCAUCUCAUCUCAUCUCCCAUCUAUCUUCUGAGGUACCCCCGGUCUCUACUAUCUCCACGAUUUGUUAUAAGAUCCUGCCGAUUGAAGCCUCUCUUUUUGUCUAUUUCGAGUACCUCAUCAAAUCCUGCGAAACGUGCCGAUGUCAACAGUCAUCACAGCCUCUCAUCCUUUACCUACAGCAUUCAUGGACUCCCUCUAUAUAGACCCGGCUACAGAAGACUCACGUCAGUCCAGAUCCAGAACCAACAGUCAUCUAUCAUCAACAGCCUUACAGUUUCAGGGCCUAAACAUUUUUGAAUCCGACUCCGACCAACAACAUUUUGUACCUGUUGGCUUUCGUACUACGUCACCCCAAUCCUUCAUCGAGCAGGAUCCGGACCCAUCCAACUCACAUAUAUCAUCACCCAUCCCCCAGGACCUUACUCCAUUCCCACUUCUAUCAGACAGUGAACUGGAUGCCGACUGGUCGUAUCUAGAAGAACCUACUACAGGAGGACUAUCAGGAAGCACACCUUAUUUACGGCUAGAUCCAUCACAGUCCUUUCAGAGAUCACAUUCCUCACAGUCCUUACAUCAACCUUCUACAAUCCUUCGUUCCAAUUCAAUUCCAGCAAAUAUGAGGUAUGGGAAUAGUUUUCUAUUCUGGGGAGAACCCAACUAACAUAUAACAGCACCGUCGGUAUUCAACAGUAUGAUUCUAGAUUCGAUGCUGGCAUUCGACCAUCCUACACCUGGCCUCGUAAGUUUAUAAAUCAAGUCUUUUGUCAUACCAUUCUAACAAUCAUAGACUCCUUUCAAAUGGAAGAACAACACAUGUCCUGCCCACCUUUAAACCCAUCUAUGCUUUCAGCAUAUGAUGAUCCAAAACUUAUGCCCAUGUAUGCUCGUUCUCUCUCAUCUAGUCCACCACGAGGGACUCUUACUCCAGAGCAAAGAGAGUUGAAAAGACAACGAGACCACGCUCGACGAGAUUCCAAAACUCGUGCCAGAAGGGAACGUUCAGUUAGCAACCCAUAUGUGGUUUCAAACCGAACAUCGCCAGAUCUCAUGCCACGAACACUCCCCGAAUAUAGUAGUAGUCUCACUCCAUCUCCUCUACUCGCCCCCGGUCCACUUCCAUCAAACCACACUUUACCAUCACACCAAGCACACCCAUCUCCAGCGCUCAGCAGUUCAUCAUAUCUCACACCAUACUCACCAGCUAUGCCCGAUACUUCCAACCAAGAAAUGUACGGUCCGGUCUUCACCAUGAGCCCAGCCGAUUUCGCCAACUCUCCAACCUUCACUCCAAUGCCAUACACCCAAACUGGGCCCGAGGGUAGCAUUCACAACUACGUGUAAGUUCACCAAUCACCUCCCCCCUCAAAUCUGACAAACCACUAAUUUCCUUUCUCACAGCGGACGCCCACACUCCCUCUCGUCAGCCUCGGAUCAACCACACAUGUACUCCCACUCCCACUCCCACACCCACCACCCCAGCCCCAACUCCAAAGUCGGCUCUUCAGACAAUGGCGACCACGUCAGGGUGGUGACCAGCCGACCCAAGCCCCAAUGCUGGGAGCAUGGUUGCAACGGGCGUCAAUUCUCCACAUUUAGCAACCUGCUGCGACAUCAGCGCGAGAAAUCGGGGGCGGCGGCUAAAUCGAGCUGUCCCAAUUGUGGUGCCGAGUUUACGAGGACGACGGCACGUAAUGGCCACAUGGCACAUGAGAAGUGCAAGCAGCGACGAAACUCUUAGAGAGAUUUUGUUUUCGGAAAAUAAUCAGCUGCAAGCACGAUAAGGUUGUGGUGGGUUUUUAUGCAGCUUGUAAGAGGGGCAGAUUUUUUUCCUUGUGUUCUGGGAGGGGGAGGCGGGUUGGUUCGGUGACUUUAUUUGGGGGUUUGAAAGGAGUAUUUGGGGGGCAUAUUAGAAAAUUCUUCAUCGGUUCGUUAGUAAGCAUGGAUUGGGCAUUUGUUUUUCUCUUGAAGUUUUCCUUUGUUCUGGCUUUGGUUUUUGGUUGUGGGGGGCAGUGUACUGUAUACGGAGGAGUGGACGCAUUUAUGUUUUUUGACGAGGCUCGCAUAGUACUAUUAUACCCUUCCCUUCUAGAAGUGUCGUUUAUACUAUAAUCUUUUUUUUGGCAGAAUGUUGUCUUCAUAAAAACAUAACUUUCUUUGAUAGCAAGCUACAUUACUUGAAUAACUUAAUCCUUA